UUGUGGUCGGACGAGUAGGACGUAUUUGCGUGGCGAGGUGAACACCACCAUCAAAUCAGUGCAUUAGCUUCGUUUAAAGUCCCACUUUGCAUCCGCAGAUCGGAGUCGUGCUAUCGGAUUUUAGAAAGUGUUUCUGAGUGAGCUAAAGGAGCACUAGCAACGCAAUAUUCCUUGGGUGUUGCGUUCGCAGUCGAGCUAUGGUGGUGGACACGAGGGUGAAAGAGAAAGUGCGGCCCCGUGCGGCCAUGGCAGGUUACGAAAAUAGGCGCCUGAAGGUGCUGGCAAUCUGCGUGAUGUUGUCCAUUUCGACCUUGCUGCCGACGACCGAUGCGCUGAAGAGCAGCAAGAGCCGUAGCAAGAGUUCGUCUUCGUCGUCAUCUUCCGGGCGCGUCUCGAAGCCAACCGCGUCAUCUUCCAGUUACUCGAACCCCGGAAGUCUCAGCUAUUCAGGCUAUCAGGCGAAACCCGCUCCGAAGCCUGCUCCGAAACCGUCGGCUCCGGUCGAGUCGUCGUCGAACCAGCAGCGCAUCGGCUGGAACACCAACAACCAGCAGUCGAAACCGGCCGUUCAGCCAGCGACGGCCAACAAACCGCCUCCGUACCCGGUCCAGCAAACCCACAACACUCACCAGACGCAUUCGGCUCCGGGGGCUCCGCCACCACCUUACUCGCAUGGGCCUCCGCCACCGUACUCUGCGGCUAACAAUCCGAACGUGAACUCCCGUUUCGAACCUCCGCCGAUGUACAGUCCCGGCAGUCAAGGAUUCAAACCGGGUCAGCCGGGCGGCUUUGGGCAGCCUGGCUUUGGUCAGCCGGGCGGCUUUGGGCAGCAGGGAGGAUUUGGUCAGCAGGGAGGUUUCGGGCAGCCUGGAGGAUUCGGCCAGCAGGGAGGAUUCGGUCAGCAGGGAGGAUUCGGUCAGCAGGGAGGAUUCGGCGGUCACGGAGGAUACGGUGGGCAACCAGCCGGUGGUUUCGGUGGUGGUGGCUAUCAUGCUCCGAUGGGCGGAUAUGGCGCUCCGCACGGCACGUUCCAAGGAGGUGGUGCUGCUCCGCCCGUCAACUAUGCCCCGGCUCCUGCCUUCCCGAUCGCUGCCAUUCCGGUGGGCGCUUACAAGCCGCAAUCGUCCGGAAUUGGCGUUGGUGGUAUUGCUGCUGGCAUUGGCACGGGACUGCUGGCCGGUGCAGCGGGAUCGGCGCUCUACAACGCACUCCGACCGGAGGAUCGAGUGCAGUACCGUGAUCGUGUGACCAUUAUCAACAAUGCUCCCCCGGCGGCUGCAGAAGGCGCGGCUGCUCCGGCCGCAGCAGCUCCUGCGGCUCCGGCACCAGGCGCCCCCGCGGCAGCCCCAGUUGCUCCGGCUGCCCCGGGUGUACCAGCUCCUGCUGCUCCUGUGGACGGUCAACCAUCGGUUCCGCUUGCACCGUUCCCUGCCGCUGAUAACACUAACGCUCAGUCAGCCCCACCGGGAGUUCCCGAUGCCCCGAUGAUUUUGAAUCAGAACGCCACCAUGGAACAGAAGCCGACAGUCAACGGAACAGAGCCUGGAACUCCGCUUGCCGAGGUCCCCGUAUCUCCUGCGUCCACUGAAACGACCACCGUGGGCCCAAAUUCGAAGCAGUAUAUUCCUCCACCGGGCCAAUACUAUCCCGCCACCGGGCAGUACGUCCCGCCAGGGGAGUACGAUCCAGCGACAGGAAUUUUCACUCCCGGCCGCUACAUCCCGGACACGAACAUUUUCCAAUCCGGACAGUACGAUCCGCUGACACAAAUGUUUGUCCCCGGUCGCUACGAAUCCACCGGUCAGUUCGUGCCGGAUCCUAAUCAUCCACCGCUGUCGCUCGCCUCGGAUGCACCGACGGCCCCGGAAACGGUCACUCCGGCAGUCUCAUCGCAACUGCAAUCGGAACGGGUAGCGACGGGUGGUGGUGUCACCGCAACGUGCAGCUCUCUCUCGGUCGUUACGGCCCUCGGUGCGCUGCUCAUGUCCGGCGGGUUCCGGCUGCUCGGAGUGGGCUUUUAAAUCCGUAAUUUACGCUCGCCGUUAUCAUCCGCUGGCGCAUCUAAAUUGUAGCUAUUCCCGUAGAUCGGCGGUAAACUAAAAGGCAAAAUUAGCGAGAAAACAAUACAGGCGAGGCUAUUUCCAUAUUUCGACAGUGGUGAGUAUUGCAGUUUUAGGACGAGCGAACGCAAGCUGCUAAUUCAUAAUUUAACUCACUUGAUUAAUGAUAAAGAUAGAGAGAGAAAAAGGGGGAACGGAGGGAAGAAUCUCACACUACGGAUUAAAACCGGUUGACCUUUGCUAGUUGAUCUCUCUAUUUACGAGAAGAUACGAUCCAUGGCGUUGUUUUUGCUACUUCGGUUUAUUCAUACAGCGAAGGUUAUCAGUUCUCAAGCUAUAUAAGAUAAAUUAUGUGCAUUUCUCUCCAUACAUUAUCAUAUUAUUUACUCAACUGACGCAGAAAACCUGGGCUGUAAAGUAGUAUUCAGUUUUGUGUUAACAAUUCUUCUGACAUUGGUCCAUUGGGCCAAAUUUAACCUCUCUCUAUCGCAGCGUUUCGGACCUAAACUGCAGUACUGGGUAAUAGUGGCGAAAUGAUUCGCAUCGACUACAUGACUUUGUAUUUAAAAUUUAAAGUGUAUUAGGAAAGCAUUUUUCAUAUUGUGGUUGAAAAUACUCCUGUAGAAAUCUUUUGAAACGAUUCACUGUACCUCCUACUUUACGGGAAAUGUCGUGUCUUAGUGUUAGCAUUAGAAACUGAACCAAUCACUAUGAAGCUAUGAACGAUAGGAACGAUACGCAACCGUACACCACCAAGUGUAGUAGCAAAAAGCUAGUGUUACAAACUACAAACUAUGCUCUCUCUGCAAUUACCCUCUCUGUGACCUAUUUCUAUCUACUUCUCUACCGCCAAACUACUAUACACUGAUAUUUUAAAUCGACCUUAUUGAGAAUAGCUGUUUUAACGAUUAACGAUUAAAACCAAACCCAUAAUGUGACGCAGUGUUCGAUCGAACAAUAAUCGGUGCCGGGCCAAAGUAUUUCCUGUAGAAUGGACGGUAUGUUGCUAGAGCAUCCACCACACGUAUGUGGACAAAUUUUUGAACACAUUUUACUGUUUCGCAAUAGCUUCAGUGGUCUUCUAAACAGCGCCAAUCUUUCACCAUACUCAUAAACCGCGGAAUUUCAUGAGCUCCAAAUUCGUAUUAGGCGUCGGCUGUGUAGGAAAACUACAGGAAAACUGUAGGAUAUCCGUGCUCUAAGCAUUGUACGUUCAUUGAAGUUUUCGAAGAAAAAGAAAUAGCAAAGAUGCUUUUCAUUUAUUUACAUCGCACUAUUUGUUCAGCUGGCUGGAGAGUUGAAGCAAUUGAAAUAAAA